AAACAAACAAACCGAUCGACAGUCAAGCCGCCAACCAGCCAGCCCACACAAGCAUCCGGACUCCGGAGCAUCUGUCCAGGCUUGGAGUUGGAAGACGCGUAGAUCUCGUACGGCUUGUACGGCUUGUGCACCCGCCCAUCAUUGUGGCUCACAGGAUGCAGAACCAAGCGGCGGUGGAAGCCCUGUAUUCGGGCACGUUCGUCGAGAACUACCUGGACGUCAUUGAAAACAUGCCCAACGAGAUUCAGCGAUUCGUGUCGCGCAUCCGCGAAUGUGAUCUCAUCAUUUACCGGGACUUGUUUGCCAAUAUCGACGACCUGACCGACGAUUUCCAGAAGGCUAGCUCGAACCCGCAGGCCCAACGCGCCGUCUUGGCCCAGAUCCAGAAGGGCCUGAUUGUGGCCCAGGAUGUGGGCGAUGAGAAGUUGGCCUUGGCUCAGGCCAUGGCCGAUCUGGUCGAGAGCAAGAACCGAUUCUUGGAGAGUAGCGCCGAGAAUCUGGAUUUCGAGCGCGACGAGCGCGAGCACACGGCUCAGCUGCGCCGCACGGCCACUGGAGCCGACGGUGUGGGGGCCGCUGGCGGGCGCGAGAAUACCGCCGGUGGACGCUCCACGGCACUUGGCUCGGGCGGCACGGGACACAAUAGCCCCGCCGGUCAUCAUGCUGCCGGAGUGGCGGGCGGCAAAGGCGCCAUGGGCGCCGGCGUGAAAACCAAGAGUAAGGCUGCCGGUCAACACCAUCAUGCCGAGGGCCCCAGCGGGAAGGACCAUCGAACCAGCACAGGUGUGAAACGACGAAAGAAACAAGAGCGCCAUGCCGCCAGCAAGGGCGGCGACCUGACCGAGGAUGACGGUGAGCCCCCGCAUAAAAUGGCCACCACGGGAGGUGGAUCUGCGAGUGGCGGCUCGGGCAAAGGCGGGUCUCGCGGCGGGAAACGCCCUGUGUCCUCGAGUAACCAUUCCGGUUCGGGCUCCAAUCCCUCGGGCACGAACUCUUCGGGCAAGAAAAAGGCGGGUAGUGGGGGCAGUGGCGGUGGAAAACGGGGAGGAGGAGGAAGCGGGGGUGGGGGCGGAGGCGGAGGGUUCAACCAGAAUAAUGACGAUUCCGAUCCAGAGAUCGACCCCAGUUUGGAUAACAUUGAUCCUGACGAGCCCACCUAUUGCCUUUGUGAACAGAUCUCAUACGGCGAGAUGAUCGGCUGCGACAACGAUCUGUGUCCGCUGGAAUGGUUUCAUUUCAAUUGCGUGAAUCUCUCCUCGAAGCCCAAAGGCAAAUGGUUCUGUCCCAAAUGUCGCGGCGAAAAGGCCAAUGUCAUGAAGCCCAAGGCUCAGUUCAUUCGCGAGCUCGAGCGAUUCAACAAAGAACGCGAGGAGAAGAAUGCCGGCAGCCACAAGCACUGAAACCCUCGUACCUGGGCCACAUGCUUGCCUCAGCAUCGCCCGCUCUCAUUCUCACAAGCCCCCAGGAGGAUUCUUCCGUGUCGUUCAGAUCUCGUUCUCGCCCCCAAGUAUUUGGUGUCGAUUUACGGGCACCCAAUUAUAAACCUAAGACAUGAACCAUUCGUGGGAGAUUGAAAUGCAAACCAACCCAAAUCCCCGCUCAAUCGGA